CGAGUCGCCAUAUCACCGCCAGCGAGUCGCCAUAUCAUCUCUCUCUCUCUCUCUCUCUCUCUCUCUCCUAGAAAAUGCGAGCAGCUUGUUGAUUCAAGUCUCACUCUGUGAAAUUCUUCUCCCAUGGCGUAUCGCAGAAAGCAGGUGAUUUCUAGGGUUUCUACCGUCUCCGAUGAUUUCCGCUCUCCGCCUCUUUCUCCAGAGGACGCCCCUUCCUCCCUUGCCGCCCAAGCGAUCCGAGCCUCCUCCGCUCACCGAGACUCCUCCCUUUCCACCGCCUAUGACGAAUCCGCUUACAGAGAAUCGUCGAAUCGCCAGAGAUCCUCUCAAUCUCGGCAGCAGGAUUCUUCUCCUUAUGAGUACACGUCAAUGAAAAACUUGAAUGAGUCCAAAUAUGGAUUUUGGGGUGUUCUGACUAGAAAAGCUAAGUCAAUUAUUGAGGAUGAUAAUGCUGCCCAACAAACUGAAAUGCCUAGUAGAAGUAGGCCACAGAUGCUAGAAACAUCAACAGGUGGCCAGUUCCAUCAGUCAUAUCGAUCACCUGAGGGCCAUCGGAAGAUAGAGAGUCCUAAAAUUCAGAAGGGUUUUGAUGCAAUCACUUCUUCCCUUAAUUACAUUGGAAAUGCUUUGGAGGAGGGUAUUACAAUUGUGGAGAACAAGACAGCUGACAUCUUAUCAGAAACUCGCAAGCUGCAUAUCAGGAGGAAAGGAGGCAGUUCCAAUGCACAAAAUGAAGCCACCAAUAGUCCACAUCAGCAACUUCAGAUGCAAACAGGCCAAGAAAUGCAACUGAAGGCAUCCCGUGACGUUGCGAUGGCAAUGGCUGCCAAGGCCAAGCUUCUUUUACGAGAGCUGAAAACUGUCAAAGCGGAUCUAGCUUUUGCAAAGGAGCGAUGUGCUCAGCUCGAGGAGGAAAACAAAAUCCUUAGGGAGAGUCACGAAAGGGGUGAUAAUCCAGAAGACGAUGAUCUGAUACGUCUCCAACUGGAAACACUGUUGGCGGAAAAGGCCCGUCUGGCACACGAGAACUCCGUCUAUGCAAGGGAGAACCGCUUCCUGCGAGAGAUCGUCGAGUAUCACCAGCUCACGAUGCAAGAUGUUGUUUACUUGGAUGAAGGCAUCGAAGAGGUCAAGGAGGUCUCCCCGAUUCCGAUCUCACCAACUGCCGAUGUCCGUCCUUUCUCCACGCCGCCGCCAUCCUCUCCCUCAGCUACAACUCCUAAAGGCUCUGGACCAGCUUCAAUGGUCUUGGACUCUCGCCCUGUGCCCAUGCCUCCGCCAGGUUCCGAGGUGAUCUCAGUUCCCACACCCAGUCCAGCAGGUAAAGACCCUAAACAAAAACACUACCCAUCUCACCCUUCCAUUUGAAUCACGGGCUUUUCUUUGGUCUCUCUUGCUGUUUGAUUUGUGCAUGUAACAUUAUUUUAUUUUUAUUUUUUAUCGUUGCUGCUUUUUUGUUUUUCUGUUUCUUUUAUUUGUAAUGUGUAAAAUUUCGUUUGGUUGGGUUGGAAGUAAAGCUUGCCGUUGGGUUGGAAGUAAA